CCCCAGCCCGCCGCAGCCAUGGCGGCCCCGGCCGCGCUGCGCCCGCUCCUGCCCCUCGUCCCCGUCGCCGCCGCGCUGGCGCUGGCCGCGGGCGGGGGCACCGCGGGGACAGAGCCUCCCCUGCCGCUCUCCGGCAGCGACAUCGUCCAUCCCAUCAAGGUUGAUGAGAGCGGAUCCUUCCUGUCCUAUGACUUGUCCCACCGGGCCCUUCACCGGAGAUCUCCUGCCUCCCGGAGCAAGUUUCCUGCCUUCUAUGAGCUGCAAUACAAAGGGCAACCCCUGAAAUUYAACCUGAGCCUGAACAGGCACCUCCUGGCUCCAGGAUUUGUCAGUGAGAGGCGUUUCGGGGGCAUCGCUGGUGCCAAGAUCCAACCCCACUCCUACAACUCCUGCCAUAUGAUUGGGGAGGUGCGGAGCCGGGCGCUGCAGGGAGGCCUGGCUGCCCUCAGCACCUGCGAUGGCCUGAAAGGCGUGUUUCGGCUCAUGGAUGAGGACUAUUUCAUCGAGCCUGUGUCCAGCAGCCCUCGGGAGGAGGGAGCAGCACAGCCCCAUCGCAUCUACAAGCGCCAGGUGCCCAAGGACAAGGCUGAGCAGGGCAGGAGGCCCCUGGCUCUGCGGGAAUCCUGUGGUGUGCCAGACUCUCAGGAAAGCCUGGAGCGGUCCGAGAGGCGCAGGGAAAGGUGGGAGCAGAAGCAGCACAGGAGGAGAAGGAUUAAGCAGCGCUCCAUCAGCAGGGAGAAGUGGGUGGAGACACUGGUGGUGGCAGACACCAAGAUGGUGGAGUUCCACGGCAGUGACAACAUYGAGAAGUACGUGCUGACCGUCAUGAACAUGGUGGCGGGGCUGUUCCACCACGCCAGCAUCGGGAACCCCAUCAACAUCGCCAUAGUGCGGCUGAUCCUGCUGGAGCACGAGGAGGAGGACCUGAAGAUCUCUCACCAUGCAGACAACACYUUGAAAAGCUUCUGCAAGUGGCAGAAGAGCAUCAAUGUGAAGGGAGACUCGCACCCCCUGCACCACGACGUCGCCGUCCUGCUCACCAGGAAGGACCUCUGUGCUGCCAUGAACAGGCCCUGUGAGACCCUGGGGCUGUCCCACGUGGCCGGGAUGUGCCAGCCCCACCGCAGCUGCAACAUCAAUGAGGACACAGGGCUGCCACUCGCCUUCACCGUGGCCCACGAGCUCGGACACAGUUUUGGGAUUCAGCAUGAUGGAAGCGGCAAUGACUGUGAGCCAGUUGGGAAAAGACCUUUCAUCAUGUCUCCACAGCUCCUGUAUGACACRUCCCCCCUCACCUGGUCCCGCUGCAGCCGCGAGUACAUCACACGCUUCCUCGACCGGGGCUGGGGGCUGUGCCUGGAUGACCGCCCGGCCCGAGCUCUGCUGGGCCAUGCCCUUCCUGCUGGAGGGAAAGGUCUGUGCCAGGCAGGAACCAUGUCACUAUGUUUCCCAUAGAGUGUCUGCAACACGCUGUGGUGCACUGUAGGGACCACGUGCCAUUCCAAGCUGGACGCGGCUGUUGACGGCACAGCAUGCGGGGACAACAAGUGGUGCUUCAACGGCGAGUGUGUUCCUGUGGGAUACCGGCCYGAGGCUAUCGAUGGUGGUUGGAGCUCCUGGAGCUCCUGGGCCUCCUGUUCCCGCAGCUGUGGUGCCGGAGUGCAGAGCGCUGAGAGACAGUGCAACCACCCUACCCCCAAGUAUGGUGGUCGGUACUGCCUGGGGGAGCGGAAGCGGUUCCGGAUCUGCAACGUGAAGCCGUGUCCCCYGGACAAACCCUCCUUCCGCCAGGUCCAGUGCAGCCAGUUCAACCCCAUGCCCUACAAAGGGAAGCUCUACAAGUGGACCCCRGUGCCCCACAACAUGAACCCCUGCGAGCUGCACUGCCGGCCCGAGCACGAGUACUUUGCGGAGAAGCUGCGUGACGCCGUGGUGGACGGGACACCCUGCUACGACAGCGACACCAGCCGCGAUGUCUGCAUCAAUGGCAUCUGCAAGAACGUGGGCUGUGACUACGAGAUCGACUCGCACGCRGUGGAGGAUCGGUGCGGGGUCUGCCACGGGGACGGCUCCACCUGCCACACCAUCCACAAGACCUUCGAGGACAGCGAGGGGCUGGGUUAUGUCGACAUCGGGAUUAUCCCCGUGGGAGCCCGGGAGAUCCAGAUUGAAGAAGUGGCAGAAGCUGGGAAUUUCCUGGCGCUGCGGAGCGAGGACCCAGAGAAGUAUUUCCUGAAUGGCGGCUGGACCAUCCAGUGGAACGGGGACUACAGGGUGGCAGGGACCACCUUCACCUACAAGAGGACGGGCAACUGGGAGAACCUCACCUCUCCGGGGCCCACCGUGGAGCCCGUGUGGAUCCAGCUGCUGUUCCAGGAGACCAACCCCGGUGUGAGGUACCAGUACACGAUCCAGCGCCCAGCCGACAGCGAGAACGAGAUCGAGCAGCCUGAGUUCCUGUGGCGCUUCGGCUCCUGGACCACCUGCACGGCCACCUGUGGGACAGGGGUGCAGCGGCAGAUCGUGCACUGCGUGGAGCGGCUGGCGGGCCUGGUGGAGGAGCGGUUCUGCGAUGCACUCACCCGCCCCGACGACCAGCAGCGCACCUGCAGCGAGGAUCCCUGCCCRGCCAGAUGGUGGGUGGGUGAAUGGCACAAGUGCUCAGCCACGUGUGGCCAGCCAGGGCUGAUGAAGAGGACGGUGCUGUGCAUCCAGAGCGUGGGGCUGGACGAGCAGAGGGCCCUGCCGCCAGCGGACUGCCAGCACCUCUCCAAGCCGGAUGCCACCAAGCCCUGUCACCCAGAGGUCCCCUGUCCCUCCCAGUGGGCCGUGGGGAACUGGUCUGAGUGCUCUGUGACCUGUGGAAACGGGACCCAGAGGCGSCCUGUCCACUGCAGCAACAGCACCGGGACCGCGUGUGACCCUUCAGAGAGACCCCACCCAGAAAGGGUUUGCUCCUUACCACAGUGCCAGCAGAAAUGGGACAGUGGCAACGUUGACUGGUCUGGCAGYGGCUCCUCCAGCAGGGAGAUCUUCAAUGAAAUCCAUUAUAUCCCCAGCAACCACAUUACUAAAUUCAACCCCUUGAUCCCAAACAUCCCAGAGUCCAACGAUGUCAAUGCCAUCACCGAGGAGGAUUUCUCAGCCAAAAAGGGAAAUGUCUUUGUUGAUGAUUUUUACUACGAUUAUAACUUUAUCAACUUCCAUGAAGAUCUGUCUUACUAUCCAUUCACGGAGAAGGAGACCAAAGGCGAGGAGCCRAAGCCAGAGCUGAGCCCUGAUGGCACAGAGGGGCCCCAGGAGCUGCCCCCUGAGGCCCUGCCCCCCACCAAGCUGGGAGGAGAGAGCGAGGACCAUCCUUCCAGCAACGGGGAAAACGUUCCUGCUCCUGUGGAUGAGCAAGAGACAGAGCCUGGGGAUUUAGCCAUGAAUGACCUCCUGAACGUGGUCCCUGAGGAUGUGGGGUCAGCCACUCCCAGAUACAGCACCCCUGCCUUUUUGGGUGAGGAGGAGGAGGACCCAGUGCUUGUUCCCCAUUCUGAGCACYUCCUGUCCACCCAGAGCACCGUGARCCGCGACUCUGCGAACAGCCACAGCCACCUGCCCUGGGAUGAGCCCCACAGAGCAGUGCCCACUUGGGCCAGCCCUGGGGAGGAUGUCCCGGUCCAUGGUCCCAUUGCCUGGAGACCCCAUCCAGCUGAUGCGGUGCCCACGGGCUGGGGCAGUGCCAGUGUGGGUAUGUCCCAGGGGCCAGGAGCACCGGGCAGCACAGAGGGGCACGGCACGGCCAGCCCUUCAGGGAGACGCCACGAGGACUCCAGGGACAUGGGUCUGGCCAUCAAUGGUGGCACUGACAGUGCAGUCCCCCAGCCCCCGGAGCAGCAUGGGUGGGCAGGAAUGCCAGAGGGGAUGUUGGGCACGCAGGCAGGCGGGCGAGCCCGUGGGAUGGAUAGGGCAGAUCUCUCCUUGUCCACCCCACAGGCUCCAAGCUGGGAGGUGACAGGGAGUGCUGGCAGCCCCCACCCUGCUGUUAGUCCCCCUCCCGUGGGUGCUGAUGGGGCUCCCAUGGGGCAGAGAGGGCACCAGUCAGAGCUCCACACCCCCACAGCUCCCACCUCAACCCCCUGGGUGACCACAAUGGCCCCUCUGGUGUCCCUGUCCCCUGCUGUGGCCAGCCCAGCCACCCAGCUCACCUCCAAUGGCCUCAGCCUGCAGGAUGGCCUGGCCCCAGCCAUGCCCACAGCCCCAGCWCACAGCCCACCUGCCCCCACUGCAGAGUCCCCUCUGGAAUGGGGGACACGGGGGAUGUCCCAGCAACUGGAUCCGACAUCGCCCCACGCCAAGCUGACCUCCCAUGGGACCCCACUCAGUGUCACUGCACCGCAGGAGYCCUCACCAUGGGUACCCCCAGGGACAUCUGCUUCCAGUGACAGGGACGAGUUGUCCCAGCCCACCCCUUUGCCCCCCCUGCUCUGGGACAAGGGGCUGGAGGAGGAGGCUCUGCUCUCACCAUCGACUACCGUGGCAGCUGCUGCCAAGCCCACCUGGGAGGUCGGGAACUGGAGUGAGUGCUCAGCCACGUGUGGUGUGGGCGCGGUGUGGAGGUCGGUGCGCUGCAGCAGCGGCAGUGAUGGUGCCUGUGCUGAGGCCGACAGGCCCGUCCCCGCCCGCAGGUGCUCCCUGAGACCCUGCUCGGCCUGGCAUGUGGGCAACUGGAGCAAGUGCUCCCGGAGCUGCGGCGGGGGGACCAAGGUUCGGGACGUCCAUUGCAUUGACACCAGGGACCAGCGGCUGCUGCGGCCCUUCCACUGCCAGGCCGUGCUGCCCCAGCCCCUGGCACGGCUGCCCUGCCAGAGCGCGUCAUGCCUGGCCUGGUACACGUCCUCCUGGAGAGAGUGCUCGGAGCCGUGUGGCGGUGGGGAACAGGCGCGCCUGGUGACAUGCCCGGAGCCCGGGCGCUGUGAGGAGAUGCUGCGGCCCAACCGCACCCGGGCCUGCAACACACAGCCCUGCACCACCUGGGUCGUGGGCUCCUGGGGGCCGUGCUCGGCUCCCUGCGGAGGGGGCAUCCAGCGGCGCCAGGUCAAGUGCAUCGACACGCGGACGGGGGCGGCCGAGGAGGACAGCAGCCUGUGCGACCAUGAGCCCUGGCCAGACAGCACCCAGAAKUGCAACCCUCAGGACUGUGACAGCUCCGAGCCGGGUGUCCCCUGCGAGCGCGACCGCCUGACCUUCGCCUUCUGCCAGACGCUGCGGCUGCUGGGCCGGUGCCACCUCCCSACCGUCCAUGUGCAGUGCUGCCGGAGCUGCCGCCAGCACGGGCCGCUGGCAGGGCCCGGCCGGGACCGCGGCGACGAGCGGCUCUCCCGGAGGUGACAGGAGCGUCCCUGAGCGCUCCGGGCUCCACGGCUGCCGGGCCACAGCCAGCACUGGUGGCUCUGCCACAGCCCGGGAGCCCUCGGGCUCUCUCAUUCGUGCUACUCUCUAACGGUGCUCAAWCCAUCAGUGGGGCUGCUGGGGCUGGGGGUGCGGAUCCCGCUGCUCCUGACGGAGAUUCCAGGACCUGCCGGGGUCACGCUGCCCUGCCAGACCAGCGGGGAAACAUUUUGGGGAAGGGGAACCGAAAGCAGCAGUAAUUUGGGGAAGACUUCUCAGAAAUGCUUAUGGUGCUAUCAUUUGACAUUUGCAGCCUCUCGAAGGUGUUGGCUGGCCAGCACAAACCUUGACUUUUAUUAUUAUUUUUAUAUCUCUGAAGCAAGCAUCCAGAAUUCCACUGCCUUUGCCAACCCUUUGGGGUAGGGAUUUUUUUUUUUUCCUUUAAGGGACUUGAAGCUGGCAACCCAUUCCUGUUAUUUUCAUUAAAAUGUUUACACACUGAAGCUAAAURGGUUUAAUUUAAGAAGUGGAGACAGGGCAGAGUAAUAAAAUUUCAGCUUCAGUUGGGGGUGUGCAGGGCUUUCUCUGCCAAAGCCAUUGCUAUGUCACUCUGGAGCAGAGGGGACCAUCAGGGAUGCCAAGAUUUGGGGUCCACCAGCACAUUCCUUUGCAUGAAUUUGGGCAAGAGAGGGAAGCUGCUCUGGCAGUGAGUGGCACAUGGCCUCCCUCGUGGGCAGRCAGUGCUCAGUCCCUGGAUUUCUGUAUGUGUAGGAGUGUAAUUCUCAGUUAAGGUGUUUUUCUGUGGCCUUACAGUCUAAACCCCUUUUCCCCCUGCUUAUCUAGAUUCUCCUCUGUUAAGGUUAGCUGAUUUUUAACUAGAAUAUCCAAUUUAUUCUGAGGCACAACUCCUCCUCCCGGAGCGGUGUGGGAAGGAAUUCCUCUGUCUUGGGGAGGGUUUGCUGGCAGGUUGUCUCUGGAGGAGGGCAGGAGCCUUUAGGUAGGAAUUCCUUUCUCUGUUACUCUUCAGGCUGUGGAGGAUGCCCAGAAACUGGGAGACCUUGAAGGCAGCCCUCCCUGCACUGGGCAGAGUCAGGCUGGAGCCUGUCUGAGCUCCAGAUGCAUUUCUCUGAGCUGUUGGGAGCAGCACUCAGUCCAAAGGGGGAAAAUUCCUGUGUGUGAUUUGUAUGUAAAACACAAGCCAUGACUUCACCAUUUGUGCUUUAUUCCUUCCCAAGGUGGUGUAAAUUUUUUAUGUUCCCAGAGCCUGUGUUCAGUCCUGGUUUCCUUGUCCCCAGCACCGUCUGACCCACACCCCAUCACCCUCCCAGGAUUGCAAAGGGACAGCCCUUGUGUUGGGGGCUGGUGGSCAUGGCUCAUGAGUGUGUUAAAUUAAACAGUUACUGAAGAAAAUGGGUGGGUUUCACAUUUUCUCUUCCCCUUGGGGAAUUCCGAGGGUUUUCACCUAAUUGGAGAUGGUUCAGGCACUAGCAGCAGGAAGGAAUGAUGGGUUUGCAUCUGAAAAUCACUCAGAGCUGCUGUUUGCAACUGGGAUUUGUUAAUUAAAACAGGAGUUGGGUUGAUGAGGUGAAUCAGUUCUGCAAAUCAAUUUAUUUGUGGUACAGGAUCUGGUGCCCAAUCUGUGAGGAGCAUGUGGGGACUGAGGCUGGAGAAGGUUGGAUCAUGAUKUGGGAAUCUGUUGGAAGGGCAAUUAAUCUGAUUUUUAGCCACUAACAAGCCAGGCCUCCCACCAGCACAGAAACAGCAUUAUCAGUGACAGUAACACACAUCUGGCUUCAAUAUCUGYGGUAUUUUCUUUCAGGGAGACAYCUCCAGUGAGUGUCUCUGGAAAGAGACUCUUCACAAGGGCCUGGAGUGACAGGAGAAGGGGGAAUGGCUYCCCACURACUGAGGGCAGGGUUGGAUGGGAUAYAGAAAUGCCUUUUUUCUUCUUCUAAAGAUGCUUGUAUUGUCUCAACACAAGCAGGAUGUUAUUCAGACAAAGCUGCUGCAGUGGGGCGAAAGGGAAGAAGGAAAGGGCUUAUGGAUCAAAAGAUGUUUGGAAUAGGAUCGUGGAAUGGUUUGRGURGGGAGGGACCUUAAAGCCCAUCCAGUUCCUCCCCAUGGCAGAAGGCAGAACUUGAAUGGGCUUUAAGGUCCCUUCCUGCCCAAACCAUUCUGUGAUUCUAUAAUCUGCUGGGAGACUCUCUAAGAGAGUCCUUUGGCUUCAGAUCAGAAAUCAGACCUUUGUGCCUCCCUUGGUCACCUCCAGACAUUUUCAUACUGGAGACAGGAAGGAAGAGGAGCUCGUUAAUUGGGAGGCAGCAGCUGCUUGUGGAGUAGCUUGUUUGUGUCUCAGAUCCACAGGAGCGCUCCAAGCGCUUCCGCAGCCUGGGAGCCACCGGCUGUCCUGGCAGAGCACCUGUGGUCUGCAGCUCUCAGACCUCACCAAGGGCCUCUGUCCGGCUCAGAUGAUCUCAGCUGGAGGAUUUUAAUUCCCAAAGAGCCAGAGGGAUCAUCAGUGCUUCAUCAGGAUGGACUGAUGGCCCUGGAAGGGGCACAGUCCUGACCUGAGCACCGGAGGAGGCAGCAGAUCCUGUGGGAUCAGGAACAGCUCAGCUCCCACCUGAGCUCUCCAGAUAUGAUAAGAGAUGGCUUCCUUUACUCUUGUUCUGAAAACCUUGUGCUACCCAGAAAGGGGUCACAGGCACAGCACAGAGAGGUGGAAAAGUCAGGASAGCAAAGGAAGGAUCUGAAAAAUUUCACUGUUUUCUUUUUGUUUGGCUUUUAAUUGGCAGCUGAUCCCUGCCAGCUGCUCCAGUGGGGAACAGCCUUCAUCUACCCACCUCGGGGUGCUGCACCCCAGCACUGCUCCAGCUGCUGCUCCAGCAGCUCAUCCCGGGGGUGCCUGUGGAAGAGGAAAAUUCCUGGAGGGAAGGAAAGCACAGAAAACGGGAGGAGCAAGGAAGGAAGGA